AUGGCCUCGGUCACCUCUCGCGCGUCCGACCGUUCUUCGCCUUACGACUUCGACCUGGACUCUGCGGGCGACACUGACGAGUCAUGGCAGUACGUCGACUACUCGAGCGGCGCAUCGGCCUCUGGAUCCGUCGGGUUCCUCUCCAGCCCGGCUAGCGGGAGCCUGAGCGGAUAUGCCAUUGUCGGCCAUGCGCACCUGACGCCGCCGCCGCCGCCGGUGGACAUGGACCAGGCGAUGUUCCUGCCGGCGGCGACGUUGUUUCCCGGCAGCCAGAACGACCAGUAUCCGAUGACCUCUCUGGGCGAUCCCAACGAGGUUGCGGCGGCGACGGCGACGGCGACGGCGACGGCGUUUGGUGCGCAAGCCGCCGCGAAUACCUCGUUCGUGACACCGCAGCAGUAUAUAUUUCCUGGGGGGCAUGACGGCAGGUUGACGCAGCAGGACUUGUAUGGUAUACCGCCGUUUAUGGCGAGCUUGCCGCCGGAUUUCUUCGCUCCUGCGGACCAGGGCCCCAUGGCCCAGACGGAAAACUUUGCAAGCCAGCCUUUUUUCCAGCCUGAUCCCGGUGCGGCGAUGGCGUCGUGGAACGCUCACAGCCCAACGGCAGCAGCAAGCACGCACAUGGUUCCUUUCGAAGAAGUCGUCCCGUCUCCAGCCAACAUGCACAGCAGCACCACCACCACCACCAACACGCCGUCCUCCUCGUCCGCCUUGUCAUCGUCCUCUCCAAAGUCGCCGCCCAUCAAGGCCGAGCAAUCCUUUCCGCCGCCGCCGCCGUCGUCGUCUUUAUCCUCGUCUUCGUCCUCGUCAUCACUGCGCACGAAGUCUCUCCUCGCCCUCCGCCGCUGCAAGGAGGGCAAAGUGGAAAAGAAAAAGGCCGAGUCCACGGCGGACAAGUUUGUCAUCGUGACGCCCAACACCAUCAGCGCGCAUGCCGGGCGCCCCAACCCGUUCGAAUGCUUCGAGGCCAUGCACGCCACGCACCGCGGCCGAAAGGGCCCGCUGGCCCACGAGACCAAGGAGAACGCGCUGCAGGUGCGCAGGCUGGGCGCCUGCUUCUGCUGCCACAGCCGCAAGGUCAGGUGCGACAAGGAGCGGCCGUGCAGGCACUGCGAGCGGCUGAUGCUCUACGUGCCGCAGGUGGUCUGCUGGCAGUUCCAGGACUUCAUCCCCGUGCUCUUCCCGGACCUGAUCCGGGCGCACUUCAGGAAGCCCGAGAUGGCGCGGUUCCUGCGCGACAGCGUGGGCGGGUUCCGGGUCGCCGGGGCGGAGCGCGCGUGCGAGGUCGAGCUCUUCUCGGGCUCGAGGUUCAGCGCGGUGCUGAGCGUCCGGGCCAACUUCUUCACGGCGACCACGUGCGACGUCUUGCAGCACUGGCAUAUGAUUCCGGACCGGGGGAGGGCGAACCUGCAGUCCAACGGGAGUGCCCCGAUCGGCAUCGAGCUGGGCACCAGCGCGCAGAGGGACGACCUGAGAAAGAGAGUCAAGGCGUACAUCCAGGACGUCAUCAGCGAGCCCUUUUACGCCGAGCAGGUUACCGAGUCGCUGCGGAGCACGCAGCUGCCAAUGAGGAUUCUGAAGAUUGUGCAGACGUACGCCAAGCAGUCAGACUCGACAAUGGUCAAGCGCGCAUUGUCCAUCUACGCAAUGCACUACAUCAUGACGCGCCACCUGUGCAUCACCCGGAAAUCCCUUCUCGCCAUCCAAUCCACGGGGCUUGUCCCCCAAAACAGCCCCUGGGUCACGCCUCGCGUCCUCGCCCGGCAGGUCAAGGCCCUCGUUGACGAACUCAUCAUGCGCGAGAUGCAGCUCCUCUUUGAGCUCUUUUCCAAGUCUCUCAAGCCCAAGCAUCGCCGGGACUGGGCCCCCUGCACCGCCGCCUUCCUCGUCCUCUGCCUCUUCAUCGAGGCCGUCGAGACCACGGCCGACAACUUUGUCGUCGCGCAGAACGAGAUCGAUCGGAGGAACACGUCGCCUCCGAAAUACAAGCAGGGCUACGUGCUGGAUAUCUGCAAAGAGCUGGAGAACCUGCCGUUCAAGCAGUUUGCGUACCAGUUCCACAACAUCUACCAGACGCACGCAAAGGACGCCAACGUCAAGAGCUUCAACCCGCUGUUUGACGACAGCUUUGAGGAGCAGCACGAACUGGACGGGCCGGCGGUGGAGAUGGUCAAGGGUCUGAGAGAGCUUUUCCACGGGGAAGCCUGGCGAGAUCUGCAGUUUCUGUCCGAUGACGACGUCAUCGUGAGCAGAGGCGAGAGCAAACAGCCUAUUGACAGCUCCGUCAUUUAUACUGGCCGACUGGUGGCCAAGUUUUUACUGUCAUUUACCAACGAGAACGCCACCUUUGGGGGGCAAAUAUAG